CCGUGGCUCUCUGGGGUUGGGGCUCUUUGUCUCUAGCCGGGGUGUGGAGGCCACACCUCAGGGAUGGGCAGGGGCGAUUUUAGACCCCAGAUCCCAGCCUACGCUGGGAGAAGAGGCGAUGAAUCACAAGGAGCCGUUCCUGGAGGGACACGGCUGUGGCCCCCGCGCCGCCUCUCAGCCUCAUUCCCCACACCAGGGGUCUCCCGUGCCACCCCCGCGCUCCUGAGCCUGCGACCUCCCAGAGGCCGGCCCCUCCCGGCCCUUCGCUAAUCCACCUAGAAGCGGGGUGUACACUUUCUCACUAACAGCAUCACUGGGGCUCCCUGUGCUGAGUCUGCCCCGGACUCCGGGGGACAAUGCCCUCCUUUGUGACCUCGUCCCCACCUGCUCCCAAGUCCCCGCCGUCCCAGGACCCCUGGAGCACAGCUCCCCUUGACCCCGAAGGCCCGCGAGGGGUGGCCUGUGUCUUGCAGCGUGGUUUGCCAGCCGGCCUGAGGAGGUCCUGUCUUUUAGAGGCAGACUUUCUGAAAGGCUUGCCCGUCUACAACAAGAGCAACUUCAGCAGGUUCCACGCGGACUCCGUGUGCAAGGCUUCGAACCGCCGUCCCUCAGUGUACCUGCCGACCCGAGAGUACCCGUCAGAGCAGAUCAUUGUGACAGAAAAGACGAACAUCCUCCUGCGGUACCUGCACCAGCAAUGGGACAAAAAGAACGCCGCCAAGAAGAGAGACCAAGAGCAGGUGGAGGUGGAGGGUGAGACCUCGGCGCCGCCCCGCAAGGUGGCCCGGACCGACAGCCCUGACAUGCCCGAGGACACCUAGGCCCCGUGCAGCGCGUCUGCUCCCGCCCGGCCCGCCUGUGUAAGCGCAGCCCAGCUCCUACACCCAGCCCGCACCCUCAACCUCAUAGGACCCGUGUAUUUAUUUUCCUUGAGUUUUUAUUUAUGCUGUAACUCGUGUCAAGCAUUGGUUAAAAGGACAUCAGGCCCAGCCGUAAGGUGUUGGUAGACGCUUUUGUAAAGCACAGCGGUGUCCCCCACCCGGCCACCCGCCAACAAGAAGACACCAGGGUCCAGAGCCCAGGGCGGCCUGCUCUCCCAACACACCGAGCGGCCUUUUCGCUCCUUCCCACCCACAGGCCGGCCGCCGGGUCUCGGUCCCCGGGUUUCCGGGGCCCCUCCCAUGCCCAGGCUUCACUCUGAGCCCACGCCAGGGCAGCAGAGAGCCGGCCCUUCUGGAUCUUUCUCUUAAGUCAUUUUAUCAUGGACUAGCCCGUGCUCCGCACCCACCCCAAUAAAAGGAUCUCUCCUA